UUUUUUAUUUUUGCACUGCACACACAGAACAGAACCCUCUCUCCCUCUCGUACCCAUUUUCACGGCGUUGCAAUUUCUUUCCCCAAUUGAAGCAAUUCUGCCUGAAAAUCCAAAAUUUCAGAAACCCUAAUCAAGUCAUCAAUCCCUCCUUCCACCCCCUUUUGAUUUCUCCGAACCAAUCUAUUAUACAAUCAUCCAUUUAUUUUUCUCCAUAAUUAGAAGGGAAAGCUUAUGUUAAACGUGAAACGGUUCUGAAAUUACUCUCUAGGGUUCCAUCAUCUUAUAUAUUUCAGUACCAAUUUCAUCCAAUUUUCACAUUUCGCUGUUUUUAUGUCGUAAUUUUGCAUAACCUAUGUACGAGAGUUGAAGAUAUGCCUGUGGUAGUUGAUAUAAGCUCUGAUGAAGAAGAGGAUUUGAAAGAGGAGUCCAAAAAUACUGAUUUUGAAUGGAUUGAAGAUUUGCUAUUUAAUUCUGGAGAUGAAUCUGAUGGUGAUUCUGAUGUUGUUUUCCUUCAUGAGAACAAAGCACCGGAGUUGAAGUCGAAAUCUCCAACUUUGCAUGUGAAAGUUGUUGAUGAUGGUGAUGAUGAUGAUGAUGAUGAUGAUGAUGAUUGUUUGGUUCUCGAAGGUGAUCCUGAAAAUGGUGUCACUUCUGUUGAUGAUGAGGAUUCAACUGGGUCAGAUGAGUUGGUUGUGGUUGGAGAGAAGGGUCAGGUUGCAUGUAGAGACUAUCCUCAUGCCCGACAUCUUUGUGCUAAAUUUCCUUUCUCUUCCACCCCUCAUGAUAAACAUUGUGGCCUGUGCCACUGUUAUGUCUGCGAUACCCUAGCACCAUGUCUAAAGUGGGGAACUGGCAUUUCGAGUUCAGAUCAUUGUCAUGCAAAUGAUAAAACUGAGUUGUGGAAAGUUCAGAGGAAAGAUUUCAAGCGGACCCUGAGUUGCCCUCUACCAGCUUCAACUAAGUAUGGUACUUCUUCACUUGGUGUGGUACAUCCUCAAAGUAACGAAAAUCUUCCUUGUGAUAUUACUCACUUGUCUCCGAUUUCUGUGUUACGGAAUCAAGCAGCCAGAUCAUCUGCAAUGCCCACUCCUUCACUCAACUGCAUAGCUCAAAAUCAGGUCUCUCGGCCAAAAGCAACAUAUGCUCAGUUCUCACUUAAUUCUGUUAGCCAGAAUCAGAUCUCUAGACCAACUUACACCCCUGUCUCCAAAGCCAUCAACCAAACAAUCCCAAAUGUUGCAAACUGUGGUAGAUUCCUUGGAUCAAGAUCUAAUUUGCCGGGAGGCAGAAACCGAUCUCACUAUGUUCCAAAGCAACUGCUGGGCGUGCGCAAUCAUGUCAUUCAAAGGGAGCAAGGAAGGGGUGUAAGCAGCUUAGGACCACAGUUCCUCCGUUCUCCUAUAUUGUCCAAGGGGGGUGUUAGGAGUUUGGGGGGAAUAUUGGCAGCUAAUCAUUCCUCUCAUGGUUCGUCCGGCUUUAACAAUCAUGUUAACGGAGUACUACAACCUGUCAAUUUUCAUGUAACUACAGGAUUCUCAAAUCCCGUGAAUUCAUCAAUCUUCUCACACUCAAGCUCAGGACCGGUCAGUCUUAAUCGUGUCAAUCCACAUAACGGGACUCCUGAACCCCUAUAUGGCCAAUCAUUAUCCCAAUCAAACGAUAGCCAGAAUUUCCAUCAAACUUGUAUUCAGGGUAAUGAUGCUACACAAAGUGGAGUUAUGAGUCAAGAUACUUGCCAACCAAUGCCACAAGAACAAAAUCUAGCUAUAACUGCCAAGAGAGGUUCUGCUGUAGAUUCAAGUUGGGCUGAGAAUAUCAGUCAAAGCACUGAACCUCUAGUUGAAUGCUCUCCUCUACAAACCUUGGAAUCUACAAACCAACCACCGAAUGUGGAGAAGUUCAGUACCCACUCAAUUGAAACUGUUGAACCGGUAAAUGAAAGUUCUCAUACACCUAAUGUGAUUUUUGAUUUUGAAAACUGGCUUUUGGGUCAAGAAACUGGUCCAGUGGCAACAGAUAAUGUUUUGCCAUUUGAACUGAAUAUACCAUCUCCAGAUCCUAGUCCAUUUAAUGAUGAUACGGACAUGCUUUUAUCUCCGUGGUGGUGAAAGAGUUUAAGGUAGAAAGCAAACUUGGUCUUUAAAGGAAGUGUUCAGAUUUGCCUGUAUUGGAAAGAUGCCGAUACAAUGAUCACUUAUUUUUUAGUGUCAGUCUUGUGACCGAGUCAUAUCGUGUGACAAGUUUCAUUGCUCGCCAACUCAUGCUAAGAGGUGAUUUGUUAUAUGUUACUAGUCCCCAAUGUUAAUUAAUAAUGCUAAAAUUAGAUACAUAGUUGCUGCUAGUGCUAGCAUAGCCUAAUUUAGUUUGCUUUGUUUAGUAGUUAGAUGUAGUGAGGUCUUUGCCUCUCUGGGAUAAUGGAUAUGAAGGAUAGAAGAAAGCAGUGCAAAACUACACAAUCGAAAAGUGUGUGUUCUAUCUCACAUGUACUUUUCAUUUUUAUCUAUGCAGUAAAGGUUUCUAUUUAUUUAAA